GCCUCGAGCCGUUUUAGUCGUGCGCUGACUUGUCUUACUAGUGAGGACACGCACCUUGAACUGGAUCUCAAGGAUAUAGAAUCAAGUUAAGCACGACGGAUGUUGGUCAUGGGAAUAAGUGAAGCAACUUUCAGGUGGAUUGGACAUGUUGGACCGCAUCGGCGGUGUGCUGCUCUGCUGGCCACGCCCCCUCUCGUGCUACGCCAUUUUGUAGACGAGGAAACGAAGCUUCUUUAUGUGAGAUUGUAACCCCGCUCAAAGCAUCACAUUUCAUACGCGUGGUGGGAAAACACACCCACGAGGCGAAUGUUGACAUGUAUGGACAAGAAGGGUGUUGGCAAGAGUGAUAAAAGAGCUCCUUUGGAAGACCCCCGCCGCCCAUUUUAACACAGUUGACGUCACCGAGCCAGCUUUGUCCAGCUAAUCCCAAGUGUUCGUUUUCCUUUCAUUCCAGCUCUGUCUCUCGCCACGUCCAGUAACCGUCUCCCGGUACCGCCACGUAGCAAGAGGAAAAAGUGGAAUUGAUACCAGCCGAGGGGGCCAUAUCUGGGCGGUGGGCGCAUAGCAGUGCCCCUCCUCGGCGGCUAUAUAGGCAGGCAGGCAAAGGGCAGGCUAAGCCGAAGCAUUCGCACGGUGCCACAAGCUCGAGACGAGGACCCGAGAACAAGCCGCAAGCAUCUGCCGGCCACUUAGCACGCGCUCACAUUUCCAGCCCGGAUUUCAGCGCAGCUGUCUCGUCAACACUACCACCGAAAUGUCUGCCCCAGCUGGUGCCCCUGCAGAGGGAUCGAGUCAGGCUCCUCCCAACCUCACCAGCAACCGCCGUCUCCAGCAGACACAGGCACAGGUGGACGAGGUGGUGGAUAUCAUGCGUGUAAACGUGGAUAAGGUUCUGGAGCGUGAUCAGAAGCUGUCCGAACUGGAUGACAGGGCUGACGCUCUGCAGGCUGGAGCCUCUCAGUUUGAGACCAGUGCUGCAAAACUGAAAAAUAAAUACUGGUGGAAGAACGCUAAGAUGAUGAUUAUCCUGGGUGUGAUAUGCCUGAUUGUCCUCAUUGUCAUUAUCGUGUACUUCAGCACCUAAGAAGAGUCACUUCCUACCCCAGUCCACUCCCAGCGUCCUUGCUUCAGAAGGAACCCUGAAAUUCACAACAUAAGGAAUUAGACAUAACGAGUUAAUGUAUCUUCUUCCCCGAUUUGGCCUCCCAUUUAACACCCCGAAAACCCUCCAGGGCCGUAUAGGGCUCCCUGAUUUCCCCCGACCGGCUUCUGGACCCCUUCCUGUCAAAUAUUCGUCCUGUGAGUGUGCGGCACCGCCCGCGUCCCUUCCGGCUCCUCUCGGCUUCUCAAACCUGCCGUAGCGAGAGCCAAACACUUGUGAUGAUGCAACAACAGAUAAGGAAACAGUGAUUGGCAAUGAGAAUUGUUACUUGGCUGAUCUAUAACUAGUCAUUUGUAGAGUUUUAUUCAUAUAUAUAUACAUAUACUGUUUUGUAGGUGUGUGUGUGUGUGUGUGUGUGUGUGCGUGCAUUUUGUAUUUUUUAAUUUUUGUAUUAAUUUUCUGUAUGCUUCAGCGUCGACUACUGCCUAUUAAUCCGAGUACGUAUCUUGCAUGUUCUAAUCAUCGGUCUGUCCCCCUGCUUACUGUUUUUUCGCCGUAUUUCUGCACAGUGGCAUCAAUCGGAGUUAGCCACACAACUGAAUAGGUUCUUUCGAAAUCUUUUGCAAUCGCAGGUUGAAAUGACUUCCGAGUUCAUUCAGGUCUCUGCUAUUGCUCACAAGUACUGCUCAGCACCAAAUAAUGCAUGACUUGUCCAACUAUUGCCUUGUAAUUAUUCCCAGUCCUCCAAAUCUGACCACUGAGUCUCUUCUAAAAGUCUUUCCCCUCCCACAUUUCUCUUUAUCUGUUGUGUCCUGAGCUCUCCGGCUGUCUCUCCCGUUCGAGUCUUGCAGCAUGCUUGAAUGCCCGAUCGUUUUAAAACUGCCGUAGUACCGUUGGACCAAUGUCUGUAGGUGUUUGUUUAUUUUUUAAUAUUACGUAGUGUCUUAUUUCGAAAACAUUCCUUCAUUGCAGUCUAGUGCAAACGCUCUUGCUGUAGCACAUGUGAUUAUUUUUUUUAAGCGUGCGCUGAAACUAAAAGCGGAAGUCGGUCUUGGAAUCGACCGGAAUGAAAAUGAUGGGAGUUGGUGGGAGGCGGGAAUAGGAUUCCGUUUUGCUCGUGAGGUUAGCUAGUGCAAACAGGUGAUUGCAUAGGUCGCUACGAGCUUUUAAAUGGCACCACCACUAACUAAAAUUAACGUAAUCUUCUGCUUUAAGUUUAACUGUCAUUGGCCUGUUACACGCAUUGGGAAAAAAAAAAAAUCUCAAUACCUACUUUUACUCACAGUAAGUCAAAAGAAGAUGAAAAUGCACAAGAGCAACUUGUUUCUGACGGCGCUUUCCCGUCGGGCUGAAACCGGGCCCAAAGAGACGUGCAGUCGCCACAGCACACCAAACAGCAGUUCAGCCUGAUGUUGUUUUUGCUUUUUAAAGGCCGGUAAUUUACACUUGAAAAUUUGACGAGGGAAAACCCCAAAUGUCAAAGCAUUCCUUGUCAGAGUAUUUGAAGUGGUUUUCCCUACAGGUAUGUAUCAGUAAAUGUAAUAGAUUUUAUUUUCAUUCUUGUGUCUUUUGUGUGGAACCGGCAGGUGAAGAGGAAGUUUGCAGCUGGUAACAGCAAAUGUUCUUGUACAUCUGUCUGGUAUGUGCAUCUUUGUGUGUUUGCAUGGAAUUCAGAUGGGUGUGUUAAACACUGCCAAGCAACAAGGUGAGGGCGGAGCUUCUUCUGUUAAUUGCACUCCUCAGUCUGAUUGGCACCCUUCUGUCUCAUCUUGUAAAACACUUCUCAUAUUUUGGUCUUGGAUGGACGGCGUCUUUGGCUACCUGAUGACUAAGUGGACGAGCGGUCAACUUGCUGUAGUUUUAGCUAACCUAGUUCAAAGUGAUUUAGAAAACAGGAAUUAUCCGUCAUAACCUGCAACAGUUCACGUUAAAAGUGUAUUCAAGAAGUAGCCUUGUUAGCUUUGCUAUGUUGCCGACCGAAGGGGUAACUCAACCACCUUUGCUCAUUAGUGUGAUUUAAGAGUCCUACUCUGUGAGUGUGUGCAGGUUCAUCGAUGUGUGUUUAGAAUAGCUCUACCCCAAGAAUAUCCUCAGUUUAUCCUUGCAGAUUAGGCUGCUUAAAUCUCGAGUACAGGCACGUUUGUCUGCCCCCCCCCCCCCGAGUACACAAGUGUGUGUGCGUAAAGGUGACGACAGCUCUGAGGGCCGUGCCCCCUAACCUGUACACCCCAAGCCCCUCGCCUAGCUCACCUCUUAAGAGUGACCUCCAACCAGAACAAAAGAUGACCAAAGACCUGAUGUCUGGGUUUGUGCUGAAGAUUGCCCUCAAAAACAAUGGAAGGUGUACCCCAAAAAAAUCCUAAUCCCUAAUCUUCCCAUCUGCUAUUGUAGGAUAUAUAUUUACAUAUAUUAUUAUUAUUUUUUUUUCCUGCAAUGCCAGUCAGUGAGCAUGCCAUUCCGAUUAAGGACCCCACGCAUCACUUUAUCCUCAUCUUGUGCAUUCAAGUUGAAACAUAAGCGUGUUUAAUUUUUAGGCACAGAUCCUUUAACGGAUAAUAGCACAACCUUGUUUUCGUUGCCCGUUUCCCCCAACUUUCAUAGUGCAAAACAUUGAAUGAGCUAUAACGUUUGGACAAAAAGUUGCGUUGUGUUGUAAUAUAAACGUGUUUUGAGGGUUAGGGGACCUUUUUUUUUUUUUUUUUUUUGUUUUUGAAGUCUUAAAGGGGAGAAAGAAGCGUUUUGGUCAACAACAAAUCUGGGGGGAAAAAAACAUUCUGAGCAAUGGCACUUCACCACGCUGUGGAGGUAACCUGACACUACUGAUUGGGGUAGGACACGCUUUCUCUCCAAUUCCAGCUCUUGUCCUGUGAUUACCAAGCGAUUUGAUCACAAUGGAGAAAUUGAAGCGAGUGCUUUACGGUCUGGUGUGACGUGCCCCUUGUUUUAGCAUCGUGGCACUUUGUGUUUGUUGUCGCCGUCCUUUUUUUUGGGGGGGGGGGAAGCACAUCUACAGUCUGUUAGAAUAUUGCCUGAAGCCGUCCUUGUAAAGUGUUCAGUUAUCUUAAAUUGAAGCUACACUCUGUUCAUUUGUGGGCGAUCUGAAAGGGUUGAUGCCAGUGAAGCAGUUCAGCAUUUUUAACUGCUUUUACUUGCUUGUGAUUUUUGUAAUUCAAGCCUGAAAUAAGCAUAUUGAUCGUGCGUAGAAUGUGUAUGCGCAUUCCAGUGCUAAACAAACCCGAACGUCCACCGUGUAGGGAACGUCUCCCGCAAAUGGGGCGAGUGUAGCAUUAGGAGGGAACCUAUUGAGUUUCUGAAUGGUCACUGGGAUGGCUUACCAUAUUUUGCAGGAUAAAUGGGAAGGUUUUUGUCUUUUUUUUUUACUUUAUUUAUUGUAUGCAUUGAUCAAAAACUCCCAAUGUCUGAAUUUUAGGUAAGCACAGAUUGGUAGACGUAAAGAUGACUGAAAUCAACAUGGAGGAAAAGUAUUUCCCUUCCUUCUCCCUUCCAGAAAGGUUAGAUGAAUUCUGCUGUUUACAUCCAGUUGCUAUUUGUAUCCUUCCAAUGCCGUAUAUGUUUUUGGUGUUGAAAAUGUGUUUAUUUUUGAAGAGAGAUUUUCAUUUCUGUACGGGACUGAGGGGUUUUCUGGCAUGACCUUCUGCAUUGCCCCCGUUUGUCUGGUCUUACUGGAGGGACCCAACUGGAGGAACAUGGGCAAUGUUCUCAGUUUGAUUGCAUUCUAACUUUUUGUUUAGCUUUUAUUUAUUGGUAGAUUUGUUGUGCUGUCAUUUAAAAUGGGAUUAGACACUAGCAAGGUUGGCUCAAUGUAAGGGAGAGGAAACUGAAUGGAAAGCUAAAUUGUAUAAAAUAAUUGUAGUGUAAAUCUAUCAAUGUCUUAUAAUGAUGAACAUCAUAAAAUAUAUGUAUAUUGGAAAACAGUCUUGUGGCUAUAGGUGCUUCUUUGUGUGCAAAAUCUUGAUCAAAUGCAAUGUGAUGUCCUUGAAUAAUUAUAAAUUUCUUGUUGCAAACUUA